ACACGCCUCUAUUGGACAUUUUUUGUUUUCGAAUCGUCGUUUUUAUUUUGAUUUGUGUGGUGAAUUGCACAGUUUUGGGAUUUGUAGCAUAACAACUGCACAAUCAACUCUAUCAGUGAACCCUAUGGAUAUAGUUAGUUUCAAUAGCCUUUCUUCAGGGAACCUUAUCAUUUUGCUAGUUGUGAUAACCAUGAUAUGUUACUUUAUCCUUGAACAACUUCAUUAUUUUUGGUGGAAACGUUCCUCCAAAUUACCCGGACCUUCUUUCACCCUUCCUUUUUUGGGUUCUAUUAUCGAAAUGGUAAAGAAUCCUUAUCAAUUUUGGGAAAAGCAAAGACUAUUAGACCCUCAAGGUGUUUCCGCAAAUUUCUUGGUGGGAAGAAUAACCUUGUUUGUAACCGAUUCCGCUUUGGUGCGAGCUAUUCUCAAUAACAACUCUGCUAGAACAUUUCUUCUGGCACUUCAUCCUUCUGCAAGAUUGAUAUUAGGAAAAAAUAAUAUUGCGUUUAUGCACGGACAAGAACAUAAGGAAUUGCGGAAAAGUUUUCUAAGCUUGUUCACUCGUAAAGCACUCGGUGUAUAUCUCACCCUUCAGGAGACCUCCAUCAAGAGUCAUUUGCAAAAAUGGAUACAGCUGUCCAAAGAAAAUGAUGAGAUGGAAAUGUCUUUUCUUUGUAGAGACCUGAACUUGGAAACUUCUCAAUAUGUCUUUGCUGGUCCCUAUAUAGGUGAACAAAGAGAUCAAUUUUGCCACUGGUAUAUAACAGUCACAAAGGCCUUUAUUUCGGCUCCCGUAUUUCUUCCUGGAACCAAUCUCUGGAAAGCCUAUUUUGCUAGGAAAAAGAUUGUAGCUUUGCUAGAAAAUGCAGUUAUUCAAUCUAAGAAAUACAUUGGAAAUGGUGGAACUCCUCGCUGUUUACUUGACUUUUGGACUCAACGGGUAUUGGAAGAAAUGGAAGAGGCGACACAGCAAGAUAAAGAAAUGCCUUCUUAUUCCAACAAUCGAAAGAUGGCAGAAACACUCAUGGACUUUUUAUUUGCAAGCCAAGAUGCCUCAACUGCUUCUUUAACGUGGACUUUGGCUUUGAUGUCGGAUUAUCCCGAUGUUUUGAAGAAAGUACAGGAAGAGCAGAAAAGGCUAAGACCUAAUAAUGAACCCCUUUCCUUUGAACUUGUGGAAAGUAUGACUUAUACUCGUCAAGUAGUUAAAGAAAUUUUACGAUAUCGUCCUCCUGCUGUUAUGGUUCCUCAAAAUGCGAUGGGCAGUGUUCCUUUAACAGAGAAUGUGACUGUACCUAAAGGUUCCUUUGUGAUGCCUUCCAUAUGGAGUUCUUGUAUGCAAGGGUUUCCAGAUGCAUAUAAGUUUGAUCCGGAUCGUAUGAGUCCAGAGAGACAAGAAGAUAUUAAAUAUCGUCAGAACUUUUUGACAUUUGGUAUAGGCCCACAUGUCUGUGUGGGUCGUGAAUAUGCGAUUAACAAUUUGAUUGCUUUUCUUGCACUUAUUAGUACGGAAUGCAAGUUUCAGCGAUAUCGGACGAAGAAGAGCGAUGACAUUAUCUAUCUACCUACUAUUUAUCCUGGAGAUUGUUUGAUGAAAUUUGUUUGAUUUCUUUGUUAUACUUCAUUUUCGAUAAUGUUUAAAUAAAUUUGGUUUUUCUCUU